GGCUGUGGUUGCAGACUUUCGCAGUCGAGUCAUCUGUGUGGUCGUUGUGUGGCAGUUCUGCGAUUUGUCUUUCGACACCUAGUACAUGUACCUGACUGCUGUGCUCUCUGUGUAAUGCACGUAACAGUAAACUGUCGUUCCCUGAGACUCUGACUCUGAGGCAUUUGGAUAAUAUCAUCCAAGAUGAGUAAACGCAGGGUUGAGAGGCGGCAAGAGCCAUCCCAGAAGGUCUUGUGUGGUGCCAGCCGAAGUUUCAAUCUCAAGACUCGUGCAAUUCCAGGCGCAAAGCAGGCCGAUGCAGGGGCGCCAGUGGUUCCGCCUUCGCGUCCUGUUUCCUGGGGAUCGAGCGAAGAGCCCACGACGAGAGAACUCAUUGUGUACGCUGCUCUUGCGGUCAUUGCCGCCGGGGAAGACUACUCGAGACCACGUCAUUCAUCCCAUUCACUGUACAAAUCAGCAGAAACACUUGCGAACCUAUUCCUGCCAGCUGACCAGAUAGUGACCAGCAACCAGCUCUUCAAUUAUUUCAACCGAGCGAAGAGAGGAGAUGGACAGAUCGGAAAAUAUCGCGGUAAGCUCAGGACAGCGCAAUUCCGCCCCUGUGUAACAACAGUGGAAAGUGCGUGCCGCGGUAUAUUCUCGAAGGCAGCUGAAGAGCCAGCUACUGUGGACAGUGAGUCGAUUUGCGCGGUCCGAUCGGCAGCAACCACUGCCGUGAGCCAAUGGCGAACACGCCUUACACAGACUACUGGUAGCUCAACUAAAUGCAACUUUGGUGUGGCAGAGAUCUCUCACCACGUUUCCAAGGCAGAACGCUGGAGAGCAGUUAAAGAUGGCGAGGGACUGAUGUUACUCUACUAUGGAACUUCGCAAGGAUGUCCGCUGUGCACGGUGCUAGUGGACGGAGAGAAAAAGUCGUACAAAGUCAAGGUGCAUACUAGUAACAUGGUCGCUCAACUGAAAACUGCAUGCCCGGAGGCCCCCGAGCUACUGGACUGCAUGGACAAUCUUAAGGCGGUUAUGUCAAUAGUUGAGAAUGCAGUGAUCUGUGGUGGCUGCAGCUACGCCAAGUACGAAACGUGGAUUGAGGAGCGACUGGACGGCGAAUGUUUCCACAACCAAUCUGGCGAGUGUCUGGCGAGACUCGACGAGCCUUGUGAUUGUACGCCUGACCGGUGCAUUCGCUCUGUUGCUUGUCCGCUUCUGCUGCCGGGAAAUGGCGUGUCGGUCUGUAUGGCCUGCAAGGACAUGGACUGCACACUGCAGAGCGGUCUAUCACGCCACGAGAACAAUACCCCGCCAGGCAGCAGAACAGCAGAUGUUCACCUGAGCAGAGCAGAUUUAAUCGUAAGGUAUCGAUUAAAUCUGCUCUGCUCAGGUGAACAUCUGCUGUUCUGCUGCAAUAAUAGUAAUCAAGAGUCUAUUAGCGGAAAACGAGUGCAUACAACAGUCACAACAAACAUGCCGAGCAUUGGCGAGCUAAGCACACAGUGCUCAGGUCUUAAUCUCCUUCUCCACCACAGUCCACAGAUCCAUGGUCCACAGAUUGCUCCUUGA